AUGUGUGUAAAUGUAGAUCAAACCUAACAAUUUGUUGCCAUACAAGAAGCAAAUAAUGAAUGUAUAGGUUUAAAUGAGCAAAUUUCUCUUGAAGGUAUCCCAUAAAGCAUAUUUUGUCCUAUCGAUGAUAAUAUCUGUUAUGACUCUUUUUAAGGGAUUUGCUAAUUUUUAGAUGACAAUCAAAAUAUAUCUGGCAUAGCUUUCAAUCGUUAAUGUGCAAUUAGUGGUCUUUUUUACUCAAGUAUUGUUAAAUGCAAUAAAUAAUAUUGUAAGAAAAAAUAAAAUCCAAAUAAUCCAUAUUCUUAAGAAGGCUGCUUUCCUUUUGAUAUCAAUGUUUAAACAGUUGGGAUAGAUUAGAAUGGUUACUGCGUUUAGCAAGACUAACCAAAUGCUGUCUGGUGUAUUUCUGGAUAGUUUUGUCUUGAUGAUUAAAAUGGGAAUGCUUGCAAAUCUCUUACUACAGAAAAAAAACUAAAUCGAUAUGCUAGAUAAUCAAUAACGGGUUUUUGCUUGCCUUACUUAGACCCAUUAGGAUAAGGUGAUCAAAUAGAAACUUGCGUUACAGGUACAUGUAUUUAUACUAAUAUAAAUACAAGUAUGAAUUACUGUAUUAUUAUGGGAAAUAUGGUCUAAGGAAAUUUAGUAACUGGUGUUGAUAUCUACUAACAAUGUCUUAACUAAGAUUAGAUAACUUCACAUUAAAUAGCUUCUUGCUUUGGAUUGUCACUUUGCAUACUUUAAAUUGGAGGAGGAUUAUAAAAAUGUCAGACACUAUAAGAUUUUGAUCCAAACUUCCCUAAUUUAAUUUAUAGAUCCAAAAAUUCUAACUAAUAUUGCUAAGAUUUAAAUAUGCCUAAUAGCAUCGGUUGUAUGGAUGGCAUGUUUUGUAUCAAUACAGACAACAAUAAUAAAUGUGAAGCAAUGAGCUCUCCUACUGAUUUAAAUAAAAUUGGCAGAGAUUCAAGCAAUUAAUAGUGUUUACCAUAAAGCAUAAUUCUAGCAAGUAAAUGCUAAUAGCAAUUCUGUAUAUCGAUGGGAGAAUGUAUACCUUUGUCUGAUUAAAAUCCUGGCAAAGAAAAAGACACCCAUUUAUGUCUUCCAAAAUAAAACUAUGGUAAAUAUGGAGCAUCUAACUGCUAUACCAAAGGAUACUGUCUAUAAAUAAACUCAAACGGAUUAGCUUAUUGUGUUAAGUUAGAUUUUGAAAACCCAAAUUUAAUAGGAAUUCAAAAGGAUACUUAGCUGUGUAUUAAGCAGAAUUAACCAAUAGCAAUUAUGUGUGCUUAGCAAUAGUUCUGCAUCAAUCCUUUAACACUAGUUUGUUAACUUAUUGAUUUGUCUAAAGGCAUGUGCGUGGAUCAAAAUGGAAUGUGUGCAUUUAAUGGUUCAUGCUUCAGGUGUCAUAUUGAUUAAUGCUUGUCAUCAAUAACCGAAAAAAAAUGCUAAGAUCUUAUUCAACCUUAUGCUAUUUAUUGUACUGACUAUUAAGGCGUUUGUGCUGAUCUAAAUAAAGGAACUUGCUUAAUUUGUCCAUAAAAUUAUUGUGAUAUUUAAAAUAGUGGAGCAUGCAUAAAUUCUAACAGUUUACUAAGGUUAAUUGUGGGUAAUUCUUGUAUAACAUAGCUUAAAAAUUUCAAUAAUAAAUGUGUUCUUUAAAGUAUGGAUUUUCCUGACUCAAAUGGGGAUAUGCUUUGCACAAAUAACUAAGGCUUUUGCUAAAAGAUUUCUUAAAAUAACAGAAAUUGUCUUCUAUGCCCUCAAUACUACAUCAAUCCAGGUAAUGAUGUAUGUUACAGUCUUGAAGAAAAAUCUCACUAUUAGUCUUAAGAUUAUUAGCUUUUUUUUGAUAUGAAAUUGCAAUAUAUCAAAUAAGACUGCUAUGAUUAGCAAUUCUGUUUACAUGACCCAUCAAAAAAGUGUCCAAAAGGUUGUUUUUCUUGUACUUCUCCAUCUUUUUGUACUCAAUGCAUUUAAGGCUACUUUUUGUAUUAAGCUUCUUCUGUUAAAUAAAUUUGCAUUUAAUGCAGAUCAGAUAUAUAUUAAUAUACUGAAGUUUAAUAGUUCUACUUAUAAACUCCAACCUAUACUUGCUUAGACUGCUCAGCUGAGAGCGAAUUAUGGAAUCAACCUUCUAAUAGUUAUAAAACUUGCAAAAAUUAUAUUGUAUAUUUUGAUUCUAAUGUUUAAAUCCUCCAAGGAGACUUAGAGGCUACAAACUUUUUAGUAUAAUCAAUCUCUGGUUCAUAUCAGCUGACAAAUAACUAAAUAAAUUUAUGUUAAAAUUCAUGCUAAUCCUGUGUACAAGCUUCAUCAAGCUCUGUAAGUUGUAUUAAAUGCUAAAAAGGAUAUGUUUUAAAUGAUGGAGUAUGCGAAAAGUGCCCUAGUAACUGUGAAAAUUGCUAGUAUGCAACAUUUAUUUCUGGCUUUGCAUAAUUUAAAGAUCAAAUCAAUUAUGAUUCAAGCUAGUUACAAUAUUUUAAUUUUAUUUUAAUUUGCAUCCGAUGCAAAGACAAAUUCAUUGUCUCAUAUGAUCUUUUAUCUUGCUAGAAAUGUGAGGCCAACUGUGAUGAAUGCUAAUAUGAAAACUAAGAUGAAGUACUCAAUUUUUACACAUAGAAACUAACAAUAGUCACUUAAAAUGAAUUUGCUUUAGGCAAUUAUAUUAAAAAGUGCAUAAAAUGCAAAGAUGGUUUUUCUUUAUUUUAUGAUGGAUUAUCUUGUGUAGAAAAUAUAUAAAAUUGCGAUUAUAAUAGCUUAUUGGUUUCAUAUGGGUAAAAGCAGUUUGACUUAACUGAAAAUUUAUGGACUUAUAAUUUAGGUAGUGCCUACAGUGGGUCUAUAUAAAUUUGCAAGUAAUGUAGUAUAAAUUAUUACAUGUAAACAGAUUAAUCUUCAUGCUUUUUAGGUUGCUCAACUAAUUCAAAAGAUUGUUCAGUUUGUACAUCAGAUCUUUCUUCAAAUAUUAUAUGUCAGUUUUGUAGUGCAAGCUCUGUUUUAGAUAUUCAGAGGUUUUAAUGCAAAUAGGAUAAAUGCUAAAAUAAUAUUUUUGGAUGCUCAGAAUGUUAUUAAUAUUUUGACUCUUAAUCAAAAUAAAAUGUGUAUCAAUGCACUAAAUGUAAUGAUUAAUUUAGUAUCCCUUCAAUAAAUGGGUGUCUUAAAUGCCCUUAAGGCUGCUCUAAAUGUUAUGAAGGAACCAGAACAUUUAAUUUUACUUCAUAGCUUGUUUACAAAAGAACUCCUUUUAAUAUUUAAGAAAGAAUUAAUUACAAUAGCACAAUAAAUAACUACUAAUUAUUUUGCACUGAAUGCCAAGAAGGAUAUUAUUUUGAUUAGCAAUAUAAGCGAUGUAAUAAAAUAAAAUGUGGAUAGUAUUGCUUAUAAUGUGUAUUGAUAAAUAAUAAACCUCAAUGCAUUAAAUGUAAUUACGAUUCACUAUCAACUUUAAUUAAUCAAUUCUUUGUUGGUAUGCUGUACUUCAAAAAAAGUUAUAUUCCUAAUUUUUAAAGUAUGAUCUCGUUCACUUAAGAUGGUGAUGACUGCUAAAUAUGUCCAAUAAUGUGUGAAACUUGCAUCUAAAAUAAAGAUGUAACUCAAAACCCUCUAUAUUUAUAUGAUGCUGAAUGUUUUUCUUGCAGGAAUAAUUUGCCCUCUAGCUAUGUUCUUAAUAAUUAUUAAAUUACUUAUGAUAAAGACAGAAGAAAGUGCUAUCUUUGCCAAAAGGAAGACUAAGGGUGCUUUUACAGAAAACAGUAGAGCAUAUAUGUCUAAUGUUUAGAUAUAAAUAGUAGAUUAGGUGAUGGAACUCGUUUGAAUCCUAUCAAUUACAAUAGAUUAAAUGAAGCAAAUAUUGACUAGCUGAUUUUAAAUGAGAUAAAUUUCGAUGAAGCAAUAAUCUUCUAUAAUGAGUUGUAAGUUAACUAAUAAUCUAUUUCAAUAAGUGACAUAAAUUUAACAGGAAAUACAUUUUUGUCUGAUACAAUCCAAGCUAUAGUCUAAAUUGAAAAUAUUAACACAGUUUAAUUGACUGAUGUUUCAAUGGUUGAUAAUAUUCAAUUUGUAUUUAUUAAAGUAAAAAGUAGUGAAAACAUAUUAAUUUCUAACAUUUAGUAAACCUAAACAAAAAACUAAUAAAACACUCCUCAAAUAUGCUAACUUCAAGAAAUAACAAAUUAUAUAAAUAUUAAUAAUGUAAAAUUAUCAAAUAUUAACAUUUAAAACAAUUUAAUAGUAAUUUAAAAUGCUUUAAUAAUCUAAGAUAACAUAAAACUAUACAUUAAUAAUAAAUACCCUAAAGGGAUAUUUUUAAACGGAUUUGUAGGUGAAAAUGUGAAUCUUAUUUAUAACUCUAAUAUGUAAAAUGCUUCUCCUGUAUCAAUAAACUCAAAAUAAGAUAUUUUAGUUGAUAUUUAAAAUGUUGUUCUUUCUAAUAGCAAAUACAUAUCCGAUUUAAAUAAAAUAUCAUUAGGGUAGGUCUCUUUUGGUUUUUACUUUUAAGCUCCAACUGUGAGUGUAGCAUUUAAAAAUUCAAAAUUUCUUUACUUAGACACUAACAGUCCUUUUAACUGGAUUUCAGGUGCUGUAAAAUAAAUUAGUUUUUUGUCUUGUCAGUUUGAAAACCAGGAUUUGAUAAGCUAAUAAAGCUAUCUAAAUACAAAAACCUCAAAAAAUGGAGGAUUUAUUUAAAUAAUUAGUGAAAUUAUUAUUAUGAAGCAAUCUUAUUUUAUUGGAGGGUUAGCAAUUAAUGGAGGAGCUAUUUAUUGGAUAUCUUAGAAUAAAGGCAAUUUAUACAUGUUUAAUUGUACAUUUAGCAACAAUAUGGCUUUUCAUUUAAACGAUUUUGAAACCUAAGGAGGAGCACUUUUUAUAGAUGGACUGUUAUCAUGGUCUUAAGAUAUUUUUAUUAGCCAAACAAUAUUUUCCACAAAUUUUGCUGUUUUUAAAGGAGGAGCUCUGCAAAUAAAAAGUAGUGCCUCUCCUAGAAUUGUUUUAAUUAUUGAAAAAAGCGAAUUUAUUGAUAAUUUUUCUCUAUAAGGUGGUAAUUUAAAUUUUGAGAGCUAAGCAAUUACAAAAGCAGCAGUAUUGUUUAAAAACAUAGUUUCUAAAAAUAAAAUUGAAACUUUAACUAAAUAAUAUGAAAUUACCUCUCAUAUCGAUAAUCUGAUAUAAAAAUUAUAUAGAACCAAUAACUAUUUAUUUUCUAUUUAGGAAGUGUAUGAAGUUGAUAUAGAAAAUUCCUCAUUCUAAAUAUUUUGUGAAAAUAUUUCUCAAAUAGAUUAAAGUUAAAUUAAGAAUCAAAUUUUUUAAAAGAUGCUUUUCAUAGAAAAUGCUUAUAGAUAUCAAGAAAUGAAUAACAUUUACUAAAAAAAUACUUUUUUAAAUAAUCUUGUUAAUAUUACACAAGUCUAAAUUAUAAAUAUUUACAAUGCAACUGUAUCUAACAAUUAAAAUAUCAUAAAUAAAGUAGAUUUAUCUUCUCCAAUAAAUCAGAUAUAGAAUAUCUUUUAUUUAAAUAGCUAAAUUUGUACAAUUUAUUAACUAAAUUCUAGCUAUAAUGUCUGCAGAUCAUGUUAACAAGGAAUAAUUUAAAUUAUUGCAUAAGAAAUACUUAUUGAAAAUUCAUCUUUUCAAAAUAAUAUAGCAUUGCAUGGAUCAAGCCUUUAUCUUUCUUAAACUUAAACUAAUUCAUAGAAAGACAAAUAAAAUAAAUUUCAAAUCUAAAACUCUUAUUUUAAAAAUAAUGAAGGCUUAAUUAAUGGAGGAGCAAUUUUUUUAAAGAGCUCUUCUUUGUAAAUAAACUAAUCUGUUUUUUAUAAAAAUAUUGCUUCAAUAUCUGGAGGGGCUAUUUACUUGGAGAAUGACCAAAAAUUAAUUUUAAUAAAUCAAAUAGAGUUGACUAAAAAUAUUUUCGCGGAGAAUCAAUCUUAGUAUGGAGGAGCAAUAGCUUCACAGACAUGCUAAAGUGUUAAUAAAUACUCAAAUAAUACUUUUAUUUUAAAUAAAGCUCUUUAUUAUGGAUAAAAUAUCAAAAAUUUUCCAACAAAGCUGAAUCUCUAUCUAAAUAAAACUUUAUUGAAGCUAAAUUAACCUGAAUAUAGAAUUAAAAAUCAUUAAGGAGGUCAUUUAUAAGAGAACAUAGCUUUUAAACUUUCAAAUGAUGAAAAUGAAGAACUUACCGCUUUGUAAAAUAAUGCUACUCUGAAUGUUAAAAUAAUUAGUGGUAAAGGUAUAUUAACUAAUAAUAAAAUUAAGCAAUAAAACGGAGUAUUUAAUUUAACUCAAUAAAUUGAACUUUUUUCUAUCUUUAAUGAGUUAAUUGUUUUGGAAAUAACCUCUGAUUUGAUUUAAACUACCGAAUUCAAUAGUUAAGAGUAAGUUAUAGGAUAUAGUUUAGCAUAUUCAUUUUUGAUUUAUGUUCAAAUGGGUUAGAGUUGCCUUAGAGGCUCAACUCCUAAUCAAGUCCAAAAUGAAUUUUAUAAAUGUAACAAAUGCAUAGACUCAUACAAUUUAGAUGGUUCUAACGCUUGCUAUCCAUGUCCAAAUUAAGAAGUUUUAUGUUAAGGUGACUAGAUACUAUUGUCUCCUUAAUAUUGGCGAGCUAAUCAAAAUUCUUCAGUUUUGUAUAAAUGUAAAAAUUGCGUUGGAGAUUAUAAACUUUAUUCUAAGUCUGAUUCACUUUAAAAAUCUAAUGUUUUAUUAACUGAUUAAAAUUAUUAUUGCAAAGAAGGACACAUUGGCGCUCUCUGCGAAGACUGCGAUAGGAUUGGAUUGUAUUGGGGAGAACCAUACUACAUGAAUUUAAACUAAAAAUGUUAAAAAUAUUCAUUGAUAUUAGCAAAGCUUCAAUAUCCUAAUACAGAAUAUUGGAAUGCUUGCAGCAUUAAAUAUCUUAAUAAGAGACAAGUAUUAUUUUCGGGAGUAUAAAUUUGA